AUGGCUUCGGUGAGUUUCCACCCCCUCCGCCGCAGAGUGCAAGCCUUCACGCUGACCGCCUUCACGCAGAAUACGGAAGACGAUGGUGGUGUCCUGUUCACCCCGAGCGCUGAGCAGCGCCCGGAGUCCACGUCUGAGACUGAAGCUGUCGACUCCGAGACAACUUUCAGCUCUGCUGAGAGGGUUUUCCACAUCCACGAGCUCUUCGUCAAGAUCUUUCUUGAUGUCGAUGAGAAGAAUGUCCUGUUCGCCGCAAAAGUCAACAAGACUUUCUUGGGCAUCAUCAGCGCCAGCCGAGCGCUGCAGCGCAAGUUGUGGUUCUUGCCGCCUGUUCCGACCACCGUUCGUUCGAGUGACCAAGAAACCAUCGAGUUCAAUCCACACUUUCUCCUUCCGUCAAGAAAAGGUGCUUGCCGGCCAUUCUUGAUCCAGAAGGCAUUUCCGGCUGCAGUUCGCCGUGAGUGGCAGCAGUUCGAUAUGCAAGGAGUCAUUGGCAUCAACCACACACCAGCCGUCGCCGUGAAUGCUGUGUUUGCCAAUCCUGGUAUCGAGAAGAUGCAUGGUGGAAGCUGGGAGAGGAUUAUCAUCGCCAAAGGCCCGGUCACCUUGCACCUUCGGUGGUCUCACAAUUCGGAUGAUGUACACGGUUGGGUCGCUGCGGCGAGGGCAGUGCCGCGGAAGAUCCACUGUCCGGUUGGCACUACCGCCGCCAAGCUUGCGGAGAAAUCUGAGACGAACAUGUCUGCAGUGACUCAUGUGCUCAAUACGGUCGAGCUGCUUGAAGCAAUUCUUCUCGAGGCCGAUAUGAAGACGGUGCUGCUGGCGCAACGUGUCAGUACGAGUUGGAAGGCGACGAUCGGUGAUUCGAUCAUGUUGCAGGAGAAGCUGUGGUUCCGGCCGACAGCCGUGCGGGACAAGAGUCAGGACACGAACUCGAUGCCUGGCCAGGAAGAGAGUCAGAAUGACCCGUUCCUCCUCAACCCGCUGCUCUUCCCAGCAGCCUACGGCCUCUCCUACACCAGCUGCCAACAUUUCGAGUUCUCUCAAAACGGCCACGUCCUGUGCAGGGUCCUUGUUUACUCCUCAGGGAAAUUCUGGGUUCGCUUCUACGACGACAAUAUCAAGAACCUGCUCCCGCCAGGCAGCUGGCAGCGCAUGCUCGUUGCGAACCACAUGCAGGAAUCUUUGAACGUCGACGUCAUGAUGUUUAAGCGCUCGGGGGAUCUCUGGUCGUGUGAGGAGUUUCAAGUUCCGGGGCCGGCGACGAUGGGAAUGCUGGUGGAGCGGGUGAAGGAGGUUCUCGAGAAGCCUAGCUGGAGACUGGAAGAUGUGACUCAAAACAUCCAAAGGCCGAACUUAAAGUUCGCUGUGCCGUCUUCCCUCUCUCCGCUCACCUGCACUCUGAACAGCGUCCACUACAACCUCACGAAUCCGCCAUCUCUCUGCCUUAGCUCCACAACAAAGAGCGCCAGUCGCGACACCGCAGAGGCACCACCUCUCUUCGACCGCGCACUUGCGGUGUAUCGUCGCAGCUUCGCACACCCACCAUCACCGUCCCCGAGCUGUACAACGAACAGUGUCUGUCGCACCCUCGCACCACACCACUGUCUCCAGCUCACCAUCGCAAAGAUGGUCACUACACGUCGUCAAGCUGCUGCCGCCUCGUCCAUGCAAGUCUUCGAUACUGCCGAGCUCUUCGAGAUGAUCAUCCUCGAGGUCGACGAUGUGAAGACCGUUCUGCUCUCUCAGCGAGUCAAUUCGGUCUUCAAGAACACCAUCAAGUCCUCGAAGAAGCUGCAACGUGCUCUCUGGUUGCUGCCGCAACUGGAGACCGAUGGAGAGGUGGAGGUCAACCCACUCUUCUUUCGCAGCGCCAACGCUUUAGUCGCGCAGGAGAACGACCCAGGAACACCUUUCUCCAUCACAGAGUGGACAUCCAGCAUCCAUAAACUCGUCAUUCAUUUCACCCACGACGUGACGAGGCUCCAGGGAGGUAGUUGGCGAGGGAUGCAACUGAUCAGUCACGGAGGCUUCAGGAGCACUAAGAUACUCCAUGUCGGUGCCGCCUACUUCCCCAUCCUUUCUGUUGUCGACCCCCAGGACUAUGCGGCCGGAACUACAUCGAGCGAACUCGUCGACAAGAUCAAACACGAGAUUAAGGCAGGUAUCUGGUUUGUCGUGUACAGUGGUGGGGAGAAGAAGCCUCGGCGUGCGAUAAGAAUGCAGGGGUCGCUCACAGAGGACUGA